UACCACGUUUGCGUGCUGCUGCGGCAAUUUCGUGAUUUAUUUUUUACAAAAUGUGCGAUUUAAAAACCUAUCCAAACUUUACGCUGGUAGGAAUCAAGGAUAGAAUCGUGUUCUUCUCGCCGCAAGGUUCUCUGGUGCACGAAAUAGUGCUGAAGGAGUUUAACUCUCCCGCGCACGAAGAGGCUUCGAAGAACGGUAACCCAAGCGUGCCGCAGCCACAUGUAGUUACGUUCGAGUAUUGUGGGACCUCGAAUCUGUUGGCCGUUUCUGUCGGCGAUAAGUCGUUACGUUGCUUCUCCAUCCUCGAGAAGGACGGGAAGGUGUCUUCUGAGCCGUUGGGCGAACCCAUACCAACAACCAAAACGAUCGUUUGCAUGAAAUUCGCUCCCAAGCAUGAUGGCCUUCUGUUUGGAUGUGAUAAAGGUGAUUGCUACGAGUUUAACAUGCGUGCGGAGGCCAGUCAACGCUCCAAGUGGAUUUUGGGCCACAUGAGUCAAAUACUAGAUGUUGCGAUCAGUCCCGAUAAAAGAUACAUAGUAACGUGUGACCGGGAUGAAAAGAUUAAGGUAACAUCCUACCCAGAUUGUCACAACAUCGAAUGCUACUGCUUGGGACACCUGGAGUACGUUGGUGCACUAGUAUUUCUUUCCCCGGGACGGCUGCUAUCGGUUUCCGGCGACAAAACGCUGCGUGUGUGGCAGUAUGUCGACGGAAAAGAGGUCGUAAGCCAUCAACUUCAAGAACCGGCCGUGCACGUAUCCGUUCGACCGAUGGCAGAUGAGCAAAGUGGGUCGCUUUGUGUGGUCAAGAGCUUCGUGGAAAACAAGUUAGAGUUGGUGCACAUUGCAAACGAACCAACGAAUGGUUGCACUGACUUGGAGGCGUUAGAACUGGAUGCCAAUUUUAUAAUUCUAAAUGCCAUACUUUCCGCCUCGUUGGAGCUGUACUUGCUAGUGUUGGCAAAAGAAAGCAAAGCUGUGGAGCUACUGGUGUACGAGUUCAUCGAUAAGGAAAAACGAUUCCAACCACGCACCGAUCAUCCACUACGAUUGAGCUUCCUGAAGGCCUUCGAGGGAGCUACGAUCGAUCAGGUUAGGAAUUAUAGUACGCUAUUUAAAAACAGUGUCGACAAUCUGACCGACUAUUUCGAACGGAAGAAGCAGAAAAUUGGCAAAAAGGGAAGUGAAUAAACUCGUGGAUUAUUGUUAAUUAAUCAAACAGGUUCUU